AUGAUCAAAGAACUCAUCCAGAAUAUCAGCAUGCCUCUCAUUGCCGUCAGCUCAACCUUCAUCGUCAUUUCCGGUUCCGGUGUACUUGGGGGUUGUUGCAGUUCUAAAUGCUUCCUGGUGUUGUACUGUGUGUUCCUGGUUGUUAUCAUUCUGGCGGAGGCUGUGUUCCUGACUCUGUUCCUGCUCCCCGGCACCAUGGUAGGUGACUCUGUUCCUGCUCCCCAGCACCAUGGCACCAUGAUCGACAGCUACAUCAAGACGGCACUGCACGACGCUCUCCAGUUCAACAACUUCAAGGGUUUGGAAGACAGCAACGCCAUAACUAAGAUAUGGACAGCCAUCAUGGACCAGCUGAAGUGUUGCGGCCUGGAGGGAUACGCUGACUUUAAGGAGACGUUGUGGUGGAAGGGGCGCGGCAACAUGAGCAUCCCCAUCUCCUGCUGCAGCAACAUGACGGCGGCCCUAGAGGAGAAGAAACGCACUCAGUUCAGCCCCAACUGCACUGUCUCCCCUAGCAUCGACAACACCCACAUGGAGCUGGGGUGUUACGAGGCCAUGAUCGACAAGAUAUUUGAGUCUCAAGUGAGUAUCGGGAUAUUUGCCGGUGUCUGGGCUGUCAUCUUCCUCAUGGAAGUUAUCCUCUUCAUUUCCGCCGUGUCCGUCAUCAGAGAGUCGGUCGCGAAGAAGAAGAAGGUUCACCCACGGUCGCGGCGUCACAGACGGCGUUAA